AUGGGCAACCGCGCGGCGAGGCUCGCGACGCCCUGCUUCGCGUCCGGCAGCGCCGGCGGCGACGGCUCUGCGGUGGACACGUCUGCAGCGACGAGGGCGGUGCCGGGCGUCGACGAUUGCAGCAUCGGCCAAAUUCUGAGCUUUGACGGGCCGGACGGCCAACCGUUCGCCGGCACCACCAUCCACGGCGUGCUGCUCCCCUCCAACCAGUCAACGCUGGGCUCCUCCUCCUCCUUCGUCCUCAACGACGGCGACUCCCAGAUCCUGUCCAUGUCCGGGGACUCCUCCUGCGACAGCUCCAACUCCUUCUCCUUCCGGACGCUCCAGCCGGAGCAGUACUCCGGGCCGCUCGAGUACUGCGCGUCCUCGCCGUCCUCGUCGGGCCGCGUCGUGGCGUCGUCGGCGUCGCGCCGGGGCACGCGCACCGACGAGCAGAUCCUCGCGGACCUCCGCGCCACGCGCCACCGCCGCCGCCGCCAGGAGGAGACGGCCUCCGGGACCCCGCUCCUCGACCGCCUCCGUCGCGCCGUCGCCUCGGCGCUGCGUGGCGCGCGGCCCUGCGGCGUCCCGACCAAGAAACAGCAGCACAACGGCGUGAACGGGCACGCGGCGGCGGACGACGGCGAGGCGAGGGUGCAGUGGGCGCGCGGGAAGGCCGGGGAGGACCGGGUGCACGUCGUGGUGUCCGAGGAGCGGGGGUGGAUGUUCGUCGGCAUCUACGACGGCUUCAACGGCCCCGACGCCACCGACUACCUCGUCAACAACCUCUACGCCUCCGUGUGCCGCGAGCUCGUCAUCCACGACGACCAUCCGCCCGACGACGGCGGCGACCCCCGCAGCCCGGCCGCGCGGCGGCGGCACGGCGAGGUGCUCGACGCGCUGGCGCGCGCGCUGCGGCGCACGGAGGAGGGCUACUUCGCGGAGGCGGAGGCGCGCGCCGCGCAGUGCCCGGAGCUGGCCAUGAUGGGGUCGUGCGUGCUGGUGGUGCUGAUGAAGGGCGCCGACGUGUACUCCAUGAACGUCGGCGACAGCCGCGCCGUGCUCGCGCACCGGCCCGAGCCCGACCUCACCAGCGUCGUCCUGCCGCCACGGCUGCGGCACGGCCAAAACGAAGACCUCGCCGGCGUCACGGAGGAGAUCAAGCGGCAGUUCGACGAGUGCGACAUGACGGAGCUCCUCGCGCUGCAGCUCACCAUGGAGCACAGCACCGACGCCUACAAGGAGGUCAGAAGGAUAAGGAGUGAGCACCUUGAUGAUCCUGCCUGCAUAGUCAAUGGCAGAGUGAAGGGCUCCUUAAAGGUGACAAGAGCAUUUGGAGCUGGCUACCUAAAAGAGCCUAGGUGGAACAAGGCUCUCUUGGAGGUUUUCCGGGUGGACUAUGUCGGGGCCUCGCCUUACAUUACGUGCAAGCCGUUCCUCCGGCACCAUUGCCUCGGGCCGCGAGACAAGUUCCUCAUCCUCGCCUCCGACGGCCUCUACGAGUACUUCACCAACGAGGACGUGGUGGCGCGGGUGGAGGCGUUCGUCACUAGGUACCCCGACGAGGACCCGGCCAAGUACCUCAGCCACGAGAUCCUCCUCCGUGCCGCCAACCAGGCCGGAAUGGGGUUCCAUGAGUUGCUCGAGGUUCAGCAAGGGGAUCGGCGGCAGUACCACGAUGAUGUCUCAAUCAUUAUCAUCUCGUUGGAGGGGAAGAUAUGGAGAUCUUCAGCUUGAGUUAUUCCUAAUAUGUUUCAAAUUGUAGUGGACAGUAGUGAUAGCAUACAUGGUGGAAUUUUUGGGUUUACGAUUGCAGCACAAGUAGGGUAGCAUACACAAAUUUUUGUACUUGUCAAUGACGAACUGAACACAAAUCAUUGAUCAAGUAUUGGCGGAGUUUUCUUUGCCUUUGUUUAAAGUGUGCUUUAUAUGAUUGAACUCAUCUUUUUU